AUGGCGUCGGAGAGGAAGGAUGUCGGAAUUCUGGCCGUGGACAUCUACGUCCCUCCCGCUUGUGUUCAGCAGGUCCGCCAUCGGAAGCCACAUCACUAUUUUCCUCGUGCAUUUUCCAUCUAGGACGUGUUUUCGUGGUCGUUUUCGCGGACAAAUUUUGUUUUUUUCUUUGGAUGAUUUCGUUCGUACAUUAUAAAAUGUAGCCUUCCGCGUGCUUAUUCCACGGGAGAUGGUGAUCUUCUUUUUUCCGAAGCAUUUUUUUUUUUCAUGACGAAACCAUUCUUUUUUUUCGGUUACUGAUCUAGAUCGGGGGAACGGAAGGAACCAUUUUAUUUAGUAUCUUAUUUUCUUAUAAAAAUGGAUAAAAUAUCGAAAAUGCUAUUUUCAACCAGAAAAAUGAAUAAGCCCAUCGGUCAUCGAAUGAAAGCUUCCACACUAUCUCCUCUAUUGUAGGAUUCUCUGGAGACUUACGAUGGCGCCAGUAAAGGAAAAUACACGAUCGGUCUUGGGCAAGAUUGUAUGAGCUUCUGUUCCGAGGUGGAAGACGUCAUCUCCAUGAGGUGCGUGAGAUCUCGGGUCUUUUUAAUGAAUAUCUCAUUGAUGCUGAAUUAUGUUUAUAGUUGGAGUUUUUCCUUUCAAGGAGAUCUUACCACUGGUGCAGUUGUCAUCCAAAGUAUGCAUAAUGUUUGGGCAAAAAUAUAUUAUCUUUCUAUCUCUGAAUUUUUAACAUCAUUAACUUCAAACAACUGAACCCGUAUACAAAACAGCCAUCGAUUGUUACUUGCUCACCCCGAAAAUCCAUCAAAACGAAAAUACUCUCUCCUUUCUUUUGCCGAAUAUUUGUUACUACAACCUUUCAAGGUCCUAACUAGGAGUUAAAUCUGCAAGAGGAGAGCAAAAUGUCGUGAUUUAACAUGCCAAUAUCGAAAUCAAGGUUUGCAUGAAGAAAUAAAGCACGGUCACAAAUCUAGGAAUUUUACACUAGAUUGAAGACAUACUCCGUUCCCCUAGCCUCUUUUUGGGUGCUACACUAGUCUACCCAAGUUUCCUAUUACAAGCUAACUUCCCUAUCUGUCAAAUCCUUGCUCAUUAGCAAGGUCGUUCAACGAUUACAAAAAACAAGCUAGACUAGCUUUCAAAACCUCUAGUGAGAAUAUGACUGUUUGAAGAACCCUGGAGGUUCCACUCGGAUGUUAUAGAAGCGGUUGAAAACUUAUGAAUUCUUGAGAGAGAGAGAGAGAGAGAGAGAGAGAGCUCCGUGUGCUGAGUCUUGUGAAUUCGUAUUAUUCCCAAAAUAAUCUCAUUCGACGAAACUUUAUAGCCUGAAAAAUUCAACUAUUCGUUAAAAUAAGUUUUCCCUUAAGGAUUAGAAAGAGACUUGUCUUUAUCAUUUUUCUUGUUGAUAAUUCGCCCAAGCUUUAUAUUAUUAACCUUGCAGGUGCCGACCAUGGCACCCUCCUUAAUCUUUGGCUUUUGCUUUCCAUGUAAGAGGCCUCACUUCAUACAAGAAUCGAGACUUGCAACUCAGGAGUUGACACAUUAUUUGAUCGCAUUUUUCCCUAUCUAAUCAUUUAUUUUUGCAUGUUUUUUUCCGUACAACUUUGAGGAAUCAUACAUUGUCUUGUUGUUUUCAUUUUUCUGGCCAUUUUAACUCGUCGAAAUUUCAUGCUCUGAAUAAAAAUCAUACAAAAGAUGUACACAUGAAUACAGAAGUUGAGAUUUUGUAAUUGCCAAAAUCAGAGUAUCUAGUUUAGCAGCCUGCUAGUAGAAAUUUACCUCGGCAUGGUUCCUGGGAGUUAGGGAAUUCCCUGGCUUCGCUCCAAUCCUGGAUUCAAUGUCGUGAUUCCCUUGCCUUCUACUUAGAUCAUCUUUCCGCUAUUUGUUGUUUUGCUCCUUAUAUAUUCAGAAUUCCAAAGAAAAGCUUUAGAACAGAACAGUAUGCGUUGGUUUGCUUUAGUCAUUGGCCUGGCAUGUGUACGCACAUAGUUUUUUUUUUAGUUUCAGAAAAGAACUCCCUGCAUGACCUCGAUCCUGUGAAGUAACCAGGGCUAAAAACAAAGAAAAAAUAAACUCUUUCGGAUUAAUGCAAUGCAUCUUUAAUUCGAAGAUUCAGUAGAAUUGAAGAAUAAUGAAUGUAAUUAGUUGCAAUCUCAUGUUUUACAUCAACGGCAUAUUUUUUCAUAUGUUUUCUUGAUUAAGGAUAAUAUUUGACUCAUUGUAUUGUGCAGCUUGACAGUUGUUACUUCGCUUCUUGGGAAAUAUAAAAUCGAUCCUAGGCAAAUUGGGCGUUUAGAAGUCGGAAGUGAGACAGUGAUUGAUAAAAGCAAGUCUAUAAAAACUUUCUUGAUGCAGAUUUUUGAGGUUUUGAUUCUGAUCCUUUAUUUUUAUCUGGAAUGUUUUAUUGUCGCUACAUACUUAUGAGAAUUGUGCAGGAAUGUGGCAACACUGAUGUCGAAGGCGUUGACUCAACAAAUGCUUGCUACGGGGGAACGGCUGCCUUGUUCAACUGUGUCAAUUGGGUCGAGAGCAACUCCUGGGAUGGACGCUAUGGACUUGUUGUUUGUACAGACAGUGCGGUACUAAUCACCUCGCCUGCUUUUCACUCUUUUUUUUCCGUAGGAAAUUUGUGCUAUGGCCGAAGUUUCUGAUGAUUACCAGUUAGGUUAGCUAUGCUUCUUUCUGCCAUAUUAACUAUUUUUGUUUAUAAUGCAAAAGAGAAAAUGACCUAACAUAGUGUGGACAACUGAUGAUCACAGGAAUAGUAUGUUCACCAUGAUGACCAUCCUUACUGAAAAUUUUCUUUUGUUAGGUUUAUGCUGAAGGACCAGCCCGUCCUACUGGGGGUGCUGCUUCCAUUGCCAUGCUGAUAGGACCAAAUGCUCCGAUUGUGUUUGAAAGUAAAUACAGAGGGACUCACAUGAGUCAUGUGUAUGAUUUUUACAAACCCGAUCUGGCCAGUGAAUACCCGGUUCGUUUUUCUUCUCUGCACUCUGGUUCCAUAUGCAACUUUAGAUGAAUUUUCUUUUCGUUGUGUGCUUGCUGUAAAUGGACGUUGGUUUCUUAAUUCCGUUCUGUUUUGUGAUAAAAGGCUUAUUUCCAUCCUUAUCUUGAUAAAAUUGGACUGCUGAUGCCAGAAUGUCAGAGUCUGUGUAUACAAUAUAUAUUUGUAUUUUUAUCCUAUUAAUUUCAAUUUUAAGAGCUGAUUGGGAAAUGGUUAUCACGAGCAUCCUGGCAAAGGUACUCACGUGUAAUAGAAAUGACUGUCUUGAUCCUUAUCAGUUAUUGUUUGUCGCAUCAGUCAUGCUACUUUCUUUCAUUGCUUGCAUUGAUAAAAAAACAUUGUCAUUAUGUACUACUUUUUAUUUUACUAUUUUUUAUGUUUUUAUAAGAUGAAUUCCUUAAGUUUUAUUACAUGGUAAAAUAAAUUGAGGAUCUUUUUUAAAUAUGCAUCGUCCAGGAAGUCCUUAAAAUAUACAAUAAAGCGUCAAUUACAAUCUCAAGUGGAUAAUUUCACAUGCUCUGGGGUUCUUCAGCUUUCAUUCUGUAUUUCUUUCUGUACGUAGACAGGCUUGUGUAUGGUUAUUUAGGCUCCACCGAGGUGAUUCUAUGGAGUUUGAUGAUACGUCUUGCAUAAAUAUCCUAUGCAAAUACGCCUUGAUUCAGAACCUUUUUUUUUUUCCCCUGGGAAUCUUGCUAAAUUAGUGGCUUCAAUCAGGAUAAUAUUCUACUUGCUGAUUUGGGGAUUUAAUGGAUGCAAUGGUCCUUAUUAUAGCCUCUUAUUUCAUGGAUGCAUACUUAUUUCCCAUUUUCUGUUUUAUUUUAUUUUGUCCUCUCUUUAUUCAAUGUGUAUUGUUCAGUGGCAAUGUUCCUUGUGUUGUGCAUCUGCAUCCCAAAGCGACUGCUCUCUGUUGUGGCCAUGCUUUUCAUUAUAUUUUGCAUUUGAAUGUUCAUAGGUAGUUGAUGGAAAGCUAUCCCAGACGUGCUACCUAAUGGCGCUUGAUUUAUGUUAUAGUCGCUUCUGUAGCAAGUGAGUAGCCCACAAAGAGGCCAUUGUUUAUUAUUUCCUCUUUAGUGUGCUUCUAAAACUUGGUCUCUCAUCUUUCUACUUGUAGGUUUGAGAAAUAUGAGGGGAGGCAGUUUUCGCUGUCUGACGCUGAUUAUGUUGUCUUCCAUUCCCCAUACAACAAGGUAAAUCCCACUCUACGUGAUUCCUGAGCCGGACCCAGAAUCCACUACUUCAGUUUUAUAUCAGAUGAUUGAAACUGUUCUUAUAUCCGUGUUUUUUGUGAUGCUCACCAACAGCUCGUUCAGAAAAGUUUUGCCCGGCUCUACUUCAAUGACUUCACCAGGAAUUGCAGGUUUUAUUUUUUUUCUAUUUAUCAUGCCUCUACCAUUCAUACAGUUUUUUGCAUUAUUUUUCUGAUUUAAUGAAAUCCUCAGAUACUUCAUCUUAUAGAUUCUAUUGUAACUUUGCCCGUUUGCUGGCAUCUGUAAGUAGGAAAUUUGUAUGCGAUUAUCCCUGCAUUAGGGACAAUGUUCUUGCCAAGCUGUUCGUGUUUAGUUGCUGUUUAGGCUUUGGUAUGAAAUGCUGGAUCAUCUCUUAAUUAGCUUUUUUAGGGAUUCGGAAUCGGUAUGAGAUUGAAGUCCUUUUAUUCUUUAGGUGGUGGUUGCUUUUCUCUCCAUAUUAUUCACGAUAAUAGGACCAGGACCUUUGAAUAUGAUUAAGGACGAAAGGACGCUCGACAAUUUGCAGAUACUCAAGGCAAGAACCUACUGGACUUGGCAACAACAAAAUCUUGACCGACGCUUGAUAGUGUGGGAACAUCCCCUCGAGUGUGAUCAACGUGCGUAAAUAGAGACUAUAUAUAUAUAUAGUUGUUUCAGCAAGAAUCCACUGAUUCUGCCAUUAAAGGAUAGGGUUUUGGAACAAGUCUGCAGAAAGUUUCUAUGUUUGAAGUGAAGGGGAGUUGGGCACAAGGCACGGUAGAUCCCACCCCCAAGUGAAUGGACGCUGGAUGGUGGAUUUUGCCCUCUGCCCAGAAAAUCCUUUGGUUCCGAUUGAGCAACUUUGUUUCUGCCCGUCUGACUGAUUUUUCAUGUGGUAUAAGGUUUUGGAACAUUAAAUGUUGUAAUUAUGUAUGCAAUAGUGGCUACUUGCAAGCAGAACACUGCAUCUCAUAUGAAAGUUCCCACUAGCAUAUUUUUACUCAAUUUCAAGAGAUUUUCGUUCUUCGUGUCUCACACUGUGAUUCCUCGUCUGUACAUGCUCUCUCUCUCUCUCUCUCUCUCUCUCUCUCUCUCUCUCUCUCUCUAAAACGAGCCCCUUUUCUCCUCCUGCCCUAGCUGGAUCGAGAAGGAAGCGAGGGAGAAGCUGGAGCCGUUCUCGUCCCUCUCCGCCGACGAGAGCUACCAGAGCCGCGACCUCGAAAAGGUGAAAUCAUGUCACCAUCACUAUUUUGGGGUUCGAAUCAGCUUUCUAUUUCUCGUGGUUGACCAUCUCGUCUCCGAUGCUUGCUCUCCCCCCGGAACGAACAGGCCUCUCAGCUCGUGGCUAAGCACCUGUACGAUCAGAAGAUCCAGCCAUCGACUCUACUGCCCAAGCAAGUCGGAAACAUGUACACCGCAUCUAUCUACGCCGCCUUGAUAUCCGUCCUCCACAACAAGCACAGCUCUCUGGUGAGUCUCUGGUCUCCUCCCACGACUGAUCCCGGAGACUCUUUGAUUGAUGAUCCCGCGAUCUCCUCCAGGCCGGUCAACGCAUAGUGAUGUUCUCCUACGGAAGCGGCCUGACCUCGACGAUGUUCUCCCUCAAAGUCAACGACGGCCAACACCCUUUCAGCCUGUCCAACAUCGCCGCCAUCCUCGAUGUCUCCCACAAGCUUGAGUCGAGACACGUCGUACGUUCCCCUCUCUCUCUCCCUCUCUCUCUCUCUCUCUCUCUCUCUCUCUCUCUCUCUCUCUCUCUCGCUGCGUGUAUUUCAGGGAUGAAAAGAAAGAAAGAUUACACCGUGGGGUCGUCAUCUUCCGCAGGUGGCGCCGGAGAAGUUCGUGGAGACGCUGAAGUUGAUGGAGCACAGAUACGGAGCCAAGGACUUCGUGACGAGCGGAGAUGCCGACCUGCUUCCUCCGGGGACGUUCUACCUCACGCACGUCGACUCCUUGUACCGGAGAUUCUACGUCAGGAAGCCCGAGGAUGCCGCCGCCACCGCUGCUCCGCCGGUGGUCAACGGCCACUGA